AUGCAAACGCUCUCGAGGGACAAGUCCCUGGAUGCCUUUCGCGUGGAAUACGAAAAAUUGUACCGAACGCUGAAGCACUCGCACGAGCAGGAGAAGAAACUGGAGAAGAAGUGCAAGAGUUUAUCCGAAGAAUGUCGUCAACUGACCGCGAAAGGAGAGAGGUUACGAAUGCAUUCGAGAGAAGACGAGACGCAAAUAGAAACUUUGAAAGCAGAGCUCGAGUCGGCGUGGAGACAAGCGGACGACGCUUCGGAUUUAGAGAUGGCGGGAAAAGAGCAGAUUGCCAAGUUACGCGUGGAAAUCGCCGAGUUGACGAGACGGUGCGAAAUGGCCGAGAACGGCGAAGAAGAAGAGAACGAAGAAGAAAGUUUCGAUGGUUGCGAGAGAAACCACUCUCGUCGUCGUCGCGGUCAUCGUCAGGAGGACGACGAAGAUGACGACGCCGACGAGACCGACGACUAUUUUGGCGGUAGAUUUUCUACUACCAAAGUUUCCGGCGAUAUCGUCCGUCGCUUACAGCGCGAGAAAGAAUCGCUUCAGCUCGAACGCGACGAGAAAGUCGACGAGGUCGUCCAAUUGCGUCAAGAUAUUUCGCAGCAAAGGGAGAGAGCGAGAACGGCAGAGACGAAAAAAUUAGAUCUGGAGUGCGAGUGCGCGAAAUUGAAAGAUAUCGCUCGAGCGAAGAGACUCGAGGCGGAAAAGUCAGACACGAAACGCGAACGGUUGGAGCGAGAGUUGAUGCACGCGAAAUCUAUGAUUGAAUCGAAGCAAGGUGAAAUUUCGCGGAUGAAAGCGCAAGCUGUGAAUUUAGAGCUAAAGAACAAAAAAUUAGCCGACGAGCAAAGGAAAAGUGAGCACCGAGUGAAAAACGCGCAGAAAGAGUGCAACGCGUACGCGGAAAGAACCGAACGCGUUCGGAGAGAAGUGGCAGAGAUUACGUUAGAAUUACAGAGAGUAAACGAAGUCGCGAAACAGAAAGAGAUUGAAACAGAAAAGUUGAAAGAAUCCGCCGCAAAAAUCGAGCGAGAGACGAAGAAGAUUAUCCAAGUGAAGGAAGCGGCGUUGCGAAAACUGAAGCAGGCGGAAAACGCGAAAAUCGAAAGCGAGCACAAAAGGGACGAUUUGAAACUCGAAAUCAGUCGCAUAGAAAGAGUCGUUGAAGAGCAGCGAAGAAACAUCGAGUUAGAGAGGAGAGCAAAGGAAGAUUUGAUGCGAGAGAAAGAGGCUUUGGCGAAACAAACGAGCCAAGCGGAGAAGCACACGCAGAAGCACAGAGAUUUAGUUUCGAUACACGAACAACACAAGAAAACGCUCGAGAGCGAAAUCAAACGAUACAGAACGGAAAUGAGCGACAUCGAAAUUCGAGCGAAACAUUUAGAGCAGGAGAGACAAACUGCUGUGCAAGAAGCGAGAACGUUGAAAAGCAAAUUGGACGCCGCGCGUGAAGAGUUAGACGCGAAAGAACACUCAAUUACUGAACUUCGCGAAAGUUUAAGAGAGACAGAUCUGAAAACGAAAACUGCCAAGGCACAGUACGAACGCGCGAGAGUGGAAAAUAACGAGUUGAGCAAGAAAUUACUCGAUUUAAAAGAAGAAGGCGAACGAUUGAGAGACUUGAAAUUGAACGCCGAACGUCGUCGCGAGGAAGCGGAGAGUUUAAUCGAAUGCAAGACCAAAGAGAUAGACGAAGACGAGAUGAAGAGGAAGCAAAUGGAAUCAGAAAUCGAGAUUUUGAAGAGAAAGAAAGACGAUUUAGACCAGAAGACGAACGAAAUUUUGAUCGAGUUGAAACUGAGCGAAACGCAGAGAAGAAAUCUGGAAAAGCACCACGCCGAGUGCGAGAAGAAGCGAGUGGAAGAGAAGCAAGAGAUGGACGUCAUUUCGAGAGACCGGGACGUCAUCUCGCACGCGCUAACGAGGCGAGAGGAAGAAUUAGCCAUGACAUACGAGAAAAUCAAAGUGCAAAGAUCCGUUUUGGCGCAAGGUCAAAGGGAUUACGAGGCGAGAACGAGAGAGAUCAAGGCGUUGAAAAUCAAUUUGAGCACGCAGACGCACGAACUCGAACGCGAGCGACGCCGAGCCCGGGAAGCGGAAACGUUAGAGAAAGAAGUGAGAGUCUUAACGCGUUCCUUGACGAGAGAGAAAGCGAAAGUGCGCGCUUUGAGCGAAGAGUUGGAGAACCCAUUAAACGUCCAUCGUUGGCGCCAACUCGAAGGCAGCGAUCCGAACGCCUUCGAGUCUAUUCAGAAAAUCCAACAGCUACAAAGACGAUUGGUACAAAAGAGCGAAGAGGUGAUGAAAUUGGAGAGAGAGUUGGAAGAUAAGAGAAUACAAAGCGAAGAAUUGCGAAGAAUUGCGGAAAAACGCGUCACGGAGGAAGAACAAACGCAGAUGUUGCGAGAAAACCAAGCGAUAUUAAAGGAAAAAUCCAAGCACUUGAAAGCGUUGCGUUCGGAGUUGAACGCUCAGAUUCAAAAAGCGGACGAGUAUCGCCUCGAGGCGGAAAGCUAUCGAAACGAGCUGGACGAGAUUAAGGAAAUGCUUUUCCGAGCGAAGAAAAAUGAAAGAGUAGGCGUCUUCGUCUGA